UCAGUCAGAGCCUCUGAUAAACUGGCUGAUAAACUGGUUUAGAAGUAGUGUGUGGCCUGGCACCCAGUGCAGUUCCAGGCUUUAGCUAGUGCAACGCCUCCAGGGUGAAUGCCUGCUCUAACUGGCUGAAGAGCUGCUCUCAAGUGUUUGCAAACAGGAAGUUCUGCGUGCUGCGUGCCUCUUCAGCCCAUCAAUGCAGCAUUCAUUUUCACUCCGUGCGGGAAGAUGGAGGCAGUACAAAAGGAAUACUGGUACUUCUUGGUACUUGUGAUUUCUCUCACUUUUCUAAAAGUGUCGGAACAGCUGAGGGCUCCAGUCAGUAAGGUCCAGCUGCAGGAUGGGAUGGUGCUGGACUGUUUAUGCCCAUGGACUGGAAGACUGAUCAUGGUCUCCUGGACUAAGCAGCCUGACUCUAAGCCUCUGGCUAUCUACCACCCUGACUACGGCGUGAACUACGCUGCAGCAUACGAGGGCCGGGUCGAGUUCAGCAAUGCCUCACCCACGGACGGCAGCAUAAUCCUAACCAAUGUAACAGAGGGGGACCUGGGUCUGUACAGCUGCUUCCUGCAGAUGUUCCCGGAAGGAUCAUGGACUAAAGACACACUGGUGGAGAAAUCAGGAAUCUCUACUGUCUCUGUCCAUUCUGACACCAAGCUUGUCGUUGCAGAGAGCCAGAAUCUGACCAUGUGGUGUAAAUAUAAUGGAGCUCAUGCUGGAGCUGUAAGCGAGGUUACUGUAGAGAAGCUGUGGUCGGAUCAGCAGGGCAGCACUCUGUUAGGAGUGUGUAAAGAGCAGGAGGGCAGUGUAGAGGUCAGUGAUUUUGAAGACCGGGUCAGGGUGAACUGCAGUUCUGAUCUGGAGCUGAGCGUGCAGCUGAGCAGUGUGGUCAAAGAGGAUGGGGGGCUAUACCGCUGCAACUUCACUACAGACACUGGCGUUCAGACCACCAGCAUCAUCCAGCUGACCACCAUUUCUACUCAAGAACGUAUAGGUCUUCAGGAUGUGCUGUAUCUGUACAUUGGAGGAGGAGUUGCUGGUGCAUUCGUACUGAUGAGUGGAGUUUUCUUACUGAUGUGGCUGAGCAGGAGGAGACGGAGGAGGAGAGAGGAGUACAGGAUCCAGCUGCACCCGGCCAAGCGACGGCAAAAUAACGCUUAUGAUCAAGGAGCUGUGUAUGACAGAAUGAAGAAGGGGACAAAACACCAGAGUAAGAAUAAUCCAGUGUACGUCAACCUGCAGACUGUAAGAGGGUACAAGAAAAGACAAAGAUGACGCCUCAGAUUUUGAGUUCUGUUAAAAGCUGUUAAAAGUUGAUUGACAUUCCAGCUCUUUGAAACAGAAAACACGAAAAACAGAAUCUUGGGUCAACUGUGGGACAAAAGCUGCUGCUACUGACCAAAGCUAUCACGUACUAAUGUGCGUAAACGAAGAGAAUAGAAUGGAACCAUACAGCACUCUGGAAGACUGGAACUUAUGCUGUAAUUACCCUCUGCUGUGAUCAUCUUCAUCAUAAUCAUCAUCAUGGCGGUAAUCAUCAUCAUCAUCAUUGUCGUCAUAAUCAUCAUUGCUGUCAUCAUCACUACAGCUGGAUUAAUUAUGGUCCCAUUCCAUAGAAGCCUGUGUUGCCAGAAUUGACAAGCUUUAUAAAACACUAGUAUAGGCCUAUCACAAUCAUUCUGUUAUUGACUUAAUGUAAAAUUAAUAAACACAACCUUAAUCAUU